AUGAAAAUGGAAUCAGAAAAGGAAUGGGAUGUAGAACAAUACAAAAUGGAGCAUGAGUGUGACGAGCACUGGGAAUUGAGGCGCCGCUUCCUUCUUGCCCACAAAGAUAGUUUUCCUGAGGAUGAGCUUGUAUGUCUGGCGCAGGUUUUCACAAACAUAGAAUUCUUAGGGUGUCGCUAUCCCGAAGAAACAAUGCAGCUUGUAGCCGAAUUAUCUCAAGAAAUAGCUGCAGAUUAUCGGGAGAAGCAAAAAAGUAAAUUGCAACGAACCUUUAUUAAGGCAUCCGAUGCUGCUGGCGCAAAGGCCAAAGGACUAAUUAUAAGUAAACCGGAUUAUAGUGGGAAUAAAUCGGAUAAUUCAUCGAAAAUGGUCGGUGCCCAGGAUAGGUUCUCAAAUACUGAUUUUCCGAUGCACAAAAGAAUUAAAUUUGAUCAUAUUCGUCCCACUAAAAAUCAUCAAAAACAGAGAGCAAAUAAGCAAUUUACAAAUGAUGGCCCAUUUGGCAAUAUCGUUUUGGUUGAACACUCUGAAAACAAAUCUACUGUAAGUAUUCUGACUGAUGCAGUAAAUGCUAGUGGACAAAAUUUGGAAUGGAUAUUUAAAGAAGAUUCAACUGGUUGCAAGUGUGAAAUAAAAAUAAAUUCUAAGACGUUGACGGAAGCAUGUGGGGGAGGGAAAAAAAUAGCUAAAAAAAAUGCAGCAGAUAUUGGUGUGGCAAUACUGAAGAAAUACUAUCACACUAUUCAGGUAAAAAAAUUAUUUCAUGGAGAAUCUGAGAAAGUAGUUCGCACUGAGUCUAUAAGCAAUGCCUCGCCAGUGGAAAAUAUAUUAUCUAAUGAUAACAUAGGACGAAAACUCAUGUUACUUAUGGGUUGGAAUGGUGGUGGUCUUGGAAAAUCUCAACAAGGCAUUGUCAACCCAGUAACGGUUACACAACGGGUUAGUAGAGAAGGGCUAGGAUUGAAGUCAGAGCAAUUCAACCAAAAUAUUAUGAAGAAAAAAUUCCAAACAGUAUUGAGAAACUACUUAAAUGGCGAUACAAGAACUGAUCUAGUAUUUUCUUCAGAGUUUACGAACGAAGAAAGAGCUGUUAUUCAUCAAGUUGCAAGACAGAUGGGAGUUAAAUCACAUAGCCACGGUCCAAAGGAUGCUCGGACUUUAGUAAUAUCUCGUAAAAUAGAUUUAUUCGAACUUGUAGCUGAGUUGAAAGAAAUGGGAGGCUCAACGGAAAAGUAUGAACUAAUUAUUCCAGAAGAAGGUGACAAUCCUACUUAGAGAAAAUCCUGAGUUAUACUACAAACGUAUUUCUUACUUAUAUGCAUUGCUGAUCACAUCCAAUAACAGACUAAGUGUUAUCUUAUCAAGUUUUAGUUGAAGGUUGACUCAUUAUUAUUUUUGAUUUUAUCACUGAAUCGUGUUAUCAGUAAAAAGAAAUUAGACUCAAGCCGAUUUAUAUACAAUAAAUUUGAUGUUAUACUAUCUCCAAGUUGGUGUUCAUUCACUCAAUUUUUCAUUCAAAUAUCCCAAUACGUAUUGUAAUUAUUCUGUGGAUCGCAUGUAUAAAAAUGAUUAUACGAUUAUACUAGCUAAAGUGAUAAUCCUUUACCAAAUGCAGCUUUAUUUUUCAAUAAAAAACGAAUAUUGCAGUAAAAAUAUAUAUUUAUUCUGAGAUGAUUGGCCCGCCACCAUACAUUCCAUCAUGAUUAUAUCUCUUUAUUUUAAUUUUUUAAAUAAUCCGUAGUUUUGGCAUUCAGUAGAAAGUGAUGUUCUAGUGCCCGUAUCAGGAAAGAUCAUUCAUUCUUACCGACAGCAAUAUAUUGUUAAUAUACUAGUCACUCAAGCACAACUUAUCUUGUUAUUGCGAGGUUGUACUUGUAUUUUUUUCGCGAUAUUUCGGCACUUUUAAAAACUGAAAUUAUCGUUGUGCUAUAGCAGGGUUCAAUUAAAAUAUUAAUAAUUAUCGUUCAUAUAGCUCGACAAUAUUAUUAUCGAAAUCACUAAAUCUGAUUAGUAAAAUUAAUCCAAGCAUACCUUCUAGAAUAGAAGUAUAGAAUAAUUUACGGAAAAAUUCUAAUUUAACUGAAACGUUUAUUGUCAGUACUUUGUAUAUAUUUGUAUAAGUGUUUAGUCAAAAUUUUUCGUUAAAUAAUGUUCAAGUGAGUACGAGGUAUAGUAAGUAGAAUUAUAUGGAUACUUUCAAUGCGUGCGUUAUAAUUUAACUGUAGUAUAAUAACUGAUAGCUAAUUGUAAGGAACAAAAAUAUCAGUCGUAAUCCGUUUUUGAGCAAUUUCAGUAAUGAGGUAAAUGUAAAAAAUUAUUGACACACACUUACACAAUCAUGUUGAAACAUUAAGUUACAAUGGAAUGUUUACCAAGAGAUGAAACGAUAUCACAAAUAUCUUCUAACUAUGAAUCUAUUUAAAAAACUUGAAAUUAAUUCAUUUACAAAUUUAGAUUAAAAAAUGAUGUACAUAAAAUUGAUUUACUCAUUUUAUUUUGAUAUGUACGCCUUUCCUUUAGAAAAAUUUUUGAUCUACAUAAAAUGUAAAUGAUAAAUUAGCAUUACGAUGCGGAAACUUUUUUUAACCCCCAAUUGUUAUACAAUAAUUUUUUAAUUGCUUGUAUGCAAUUCAUAAUUUACAGUAAUUUGCUCUCCAUUCUCUUUGGGUAACUUAGGAAAGAAAAUGUAAUGCGUUUAUUGCAGUAUAAUUCACUUGGCAAUAAAUUUCUUGACAUACAUAUUAAUAAUCUGAUUUACAAAUUCGCUAUGUAUAAAUUAAUCAGUAAUACGGGGCGGCGAAAAUUUUGUUCGAAUAAAAUUCCUUGUUUUCCCAUUAAAAAAUUCAGAAUUCCCUGCUCUCUUCCCUUGAGCCUUUGAGUAAUGUUGGGUAGCUUUUAUUACUACACAUCCAGAAAUUGUGUGAAAUUUGAGUUUGAAACCACCUAAUAUUGCUUCAUUUCAAUUCAGUUCAUAGAAUUUGAAUAGUAAUUUCCGAAAGUUAGCUUAGCUGAAUUUACGAAGCAUGGUUGAAGUUUGAAAAUAAUUUAUAAAGAAAGUACGUUUUUCCCCGUAGUUCAUCCUAAUUCUCUGACUUUUCCCGAUACACGAUUUCCUAACUAUUCCCGGUUUUCUUGAUCUAUUGCCACCCUGGUCAUAAUUCAGAAAAUUACUGUGAAAUUUAUAUCAGGGAGUACAUUGUAUACUUCGUAAGCAAUACAUUCAAGCUAAUUUCAAUAAAUAUAGAUGCAAAUUAGUAGAUAAAUUUUGCUUGUAUCAGAAUUGCUUGUAUGUAUUGUAAUAAAAGGAAAAGAAAGGUCUGUCUACUUGAAUCAUCUGCAAUAGUAUUUGCGGAUUUGUAGAUACUAUACAUACAUAUGUAUGUCGUGUGUAUACAUGAAUUGUCAAUUGUAAAAGAAUUCAAAUCGAUUAGGUUCUAUAAGAAAUUUGCAUUAGAAUUAG